AUGCCUCAGUCGACAACGCCCAGACAGCAGGGCCCUUUGGCACCCACCCCAGGUAAUAUCAGGGGAUCCGCGUCCCGCCACAACCUGUCUCAGAGCCUAUUGCACCAGAGGUGUGCACCACAGACGAGCAGGAGGGACUGCCGGCGGAGAUCUUCUGUGGGAUCUUCCGAAGCAGAAUCUGUGGAAAUACAUGAGCUAAAGCAGCCACCUGUGGAGAGGUAUCGGUCAAUAUCUCAGGAGCCUACUGGGGACUGCAGCUGCGGUAUCCAUGAGGGGCCCCCUACAGUCCUCCCGUCCCUCGUAAACAAGUGUCCGGUUAUAGGGGAAGAAACAUCCCCUCGAGGCCACAGUGUAGAUCUUAGAAGAGCAGAGGGUUCUGAGCAUCGUGGCAGCAAAGCGCUGGAGAUGUUGCAGAGCCCCGGCCUUCGCCGGGGGCCUCAGCAGAAGCAGCAAGAGCAACAAGACCAGCAGUCCACAGAAGUUCAAGGCUGCGACGUGCAGCCUGAAAAGGAUGAGGCAAAAGAGGAAGGCCAGUGUUCAUCAUGCGGAAUUCAGAAAGCCAACGCUCCCAGCGGUUUCGCCGUCGUACAGAGCACCAUCCCUUUAUGGGGUCAGCUGCGCAAGGCGGCCUCAAUCGACAGCCGAGACGCCGAGGGGUCUGCCGGCCACGGGGGCCCUCUGGGACUCCCCACAGUACCUGGGUGCCCCCGAAGGGUGCCGAGCUGCGAGGACUGCGGGUGUUUGUUGCCUGGCGGUGCAACGCGGCCGGCAGGCCCUUACCAGCUGUUGCGGCAUCAUCAGCACCAUCGAGAGAGCCAAGUCGUUGCUGGUGGAGUGCAGUGGGGUCAGCCUACCUCAUUUUGGGUCAUUGAGUCGGAAAAGGACGACGGAGUGGAAAGAGAAUUUAGAAGGCUAUUCAGAGUGAACUCUCCUACGGCGUUUGUUUGUUUGUUUGGCGCUGAUGUGUUGAUAUGGAGCUUCUUUUCUUGCGAAGCGGCCUUGCGGUGUCGCGCCCUCGGCUUGCGGCGGUUCCUGCGGGAUCAACAGUGCCUUUUUGACACUGCGCUGCAGCUUGUGGGUCUUGCUGCCCUGGCGCUUCGAGUCUCCAUUCUGCUGAAUGUUGGGGGUUUGGGGACCCGCGUCUUUGAACCAAAUCCCCUGGAGAGGACAGACGGCAUUGUUAACGACUUCACGAUUGGAGACGCACAAAUUGCGCUCGUGGCACUGGAUACGAUACAGCUGACGCGCGUUUACCGUUUGGCAUUUUCCUGUAGGGAGUUGUUCUUCCUCACGAGAAGUAUUCUCCACAGUCUUCGUUCCUUGCUGUGGACAGCUCUGUUCGUACUGGUGGUUAUAUAUACUUGCUGGAACAAUGUGGCCACAGCGACUGCAGAGAAGCACCCAUUCAGCAGAAUUUUCUUCGUGGGGUACAUUUGCUUUACAACGCUGACUCUUUUAAAUAUUGUCACAGGCAUUAUCCUGGAUGCUUACGUGGACAUGUCUAACAGGCUGUUGAAAGAGGCGAACUACAAGGACGAUCUUGAAAAGGACCUGUACAACGAAAAGCUGUUAAUGUCAGCGUUUGAAAAGACUUCCUUCCUUGUUUGCCUCCGCCCUGCUGUCUCUACGGUGUUAACACAGGGUACUACUUACGCACUCGCGUCAUCAGACCCCACACCCAGCGUUUGGGCUGCGGGGGACGCAACUCAGGACAGCACUGUUCCGGGGAUUCCUCGAGAAGGCGAAACGACAACCGGCGGGCGCUACACGGGUGGCAGUAGCGUAAUAAAUGCUGCAGCUGCUUCUGCUUCGCAAAGCCCCAGGACCCCGUUAGCUGUAGCCACGGCGGGUGCACUUUUAGAACGGAAGCUCACUGGGCUUACCAGCGAGGAUAGCACGGCAAGGCCGUCCACAGAAAGCGCAGUUGAAUCAGAACCUCUCCAGGUCAGGGCCCACAUCCCCGAGACUGUGCCGGUUGAGGGUAUUACCGUCCGCACUUGCGUGAAAUACUUGAGGGUAGGAGGCCACCAGCCCAUGGACAUUCUCCGGCACCCAAUCGUUCAAGGCGCACUGCAGGCGGCACGUAUACCUUUUUAUCAGGCAUUCGAUGUCCUGAGCAUGUACCACCAACGUGGCAUUCAGUUCGUGACAGUGAAGGAGUUCGCUCAGGCCUGCAGCCGCGUGGCAGGAUCGGCUACAGGCCGCCAGUUGCUACAGGUGCAGCUGGAGCUUCAGCAGAAGCUGUGCGUAAUUGAGCGAAGUCUCCGGUCCAUUUGUCGCCAGAAACAGCUAAGACACAAUUCCAGCACGUCAAAGCUUGAUUCAAUGUGA